CCGGCAUCGCUCGUCGUUGAACAUGGCUGCGUCCUCAGGGCCGAGAGGACCGGCAGCUUCCGGCCCUUUUCAAGGCUUCCCGGUCCCGGUGGGCUCCGGCCCGGUACCGGAGGACGGUCCCGGGAAGGAGCCGAAGAAGAAGCCGUGUCGAGCCUGCUCGGACUUCACAUCGUGGAUGAAGAACCAGAAGAAGCAGACGCCAGCGGCUGCUCAGGGGGUCGGAGCCACAGAAGCCGAGCCACCAGUGGACCCACAGUGUCCCCUGGACCGGGAGGAGCUGGGACGGAACUCCUGGUCCUUCCUGCACACCAUGGCGGCGUAUUACCCCGAGCGCCCGUCCUCCUUGCAGCAGCAGGAGAUGGGACAGUUCAUCCACCUCUUCUCCAAGUUCUUCCCCUGCGAUGAAUGUGCAGAAGACCUCAGAGGAAGAUUAAAAACCAACCACCCGGACACCACCAGUCGCCACGCCCUCUCUCAGUGGUUCUGUCGUCUCCACAACGGCGUCAACGCCCGGCUGGGGAAGCCCGAGUUCGACUGCUCCCGUGUGGAUGAGCGCUGGAAAGACGGCUGGAAAGAUGGUUCCUGUGAUUGAAGGAUCGUGGCUGGAGGGAUGUUAAGACUGAGGUGAAGACAAUAACUUCCUCCUGUCAGUGCGGGAACAAGCUCAGGUCUCAUGUUGUGGGAAAACUUCAUGUGAAGAGUGAGGUCAAAAGGCUCGUCAUGCUUUGUUGCUGGUUAGUUAUUAUAACUAUAAAUAUAACUUAAACUUUGGACCUGCUGUUAAUUCAAGUCAAUGAGAAGAGUCACAAAUAAAUUCUACAUGUGAAACUGAAAACAUGGAGGGAACCAUGUUCUCAACAUUUUAUCUGUUUACUCACUACGUUGUUCCUCUGACUCGUGCUUGUGUUUUUGACCAAUUUAGCUUCUGGAUUGUUGUUUUUUUCAGAUCCCAAAUUGAAUUAAUCAAUUACAGUUGUUGGUUUCUAGGCUGUUAGCUGUGUUUUGCAAUCUUGUUUGAUAAUCUAUGUAUUUGAUUGGAAAUGUCUCCUAUAAAAUUGAAUUACCAAAUAUGUCACAGAAAUAUAUAGAUUUAUAUUUUACAUAGUGAUGAUUACAGAGUGUAUUUUCUUGAACCAUGUUGUGUAUGUGUGUGUGUGUUUAAAUUAUGAUUUGGUACUGAAAUAAUUUUAUUUUCAAAUGAAAUGUUAUUUUGCGUCAUUAAUAAAUACAGAUAUGUUGUUGGUCACAUCUUCACAAA